AUGAAAGUCUUCUUCAUCGCCGCUGUAGCUCUCCUGGGCAGCUCUUUAGCUGCACCAGCUACAGACACAGCCCUCGUCAAGAAAUCAUCUCACCUUGUCGAUACCAUUCCCUAUGAUGGUCUUCCCAGUGUCAAAGUUGACCUCGACGCCCUCCGCGCUGAGCAGAAGGCAGGACAAACCGCUACCACGAAGGUAAAAGUAAAGCGGUCCUCUAAAGUUACGCCUAAGAAGAAGAAGACAUCGAACAAGGCGCCAGCCAAGAAGACAAAGUCUAGCAAGAAGCCCAAGACAACUCAUUCAAAGAGAUUGCUCAAGUCUUCGUCGACCGGCUUUAAGAACGGUCAGGAUCUUGUUGAUUCUUUGGAUAGUCUUGUUGCUCAGAUCACUGCGCGCAGUGACACAAUCAAUGGAACACUCCUCAGAGUUCAGGCCGGAACAGAGACUCGCAACAAAGGCACCACCGACGCCCUCAAAGAAAUCAUCCAGAUCCGCGCCGCAGUCUCCGGCGCCCUAACCAGACUAUCCACCACCAAAAACCUCAAACUCACCAGCGAUCAACGCGCUGACGUCCUCAAUCUUGUGGAACAGCUCGUCCAAGAAAUCCUCGACAUCAUCAACGACCUCCUCGAAACGCUCGGUCUCAAGCUCAGCCUGAAAGCAUCGCUGAACCCCCUCAUGAACAUGCUGAGCGACUUUCUAGGCGGUCUGGCAGUGACUGAUGGCAAGCUUGCGCCAGAAUUGCGCACGCGUUUGGGGAAUUUGAUUAGAGCUCAGUUUGACGGUGAUGACACGCGGGGUUUCGAUGCGCUUGGAAGUGGGAUCGAGAAUCCGCUUUUGCGUCUUCAUGGGUCUCUGAAGACUAGUGUCGGCCCGAACUAG